AUGUUCUUCGCUGAAUUUGAGUUUAUUUUCGCUACACGUUAUAUUCUCCACGGGAGUCAAGAAGUCCCUGCGUGGCUAGACCUGAGGGGCCUGAGGGGCCUGAAGGGCCGAGCUGGGAAAAUAUUUCGCAAGUGGACUAGGGAGUGGAUUUUGAUUUUCUGCUGCCGGCCAGUGAGCAGCCGUCGACUGGCCGCGGGCCUGCGACCAUCAUCCAGACGUCCGGAUGAGCAGAGUGGAAAGGGAAAACAAAACAAGCAAUCAAGCACUGACCCGAUCUCUGAGACAAUCAACCACGGUGCGGGGAGUGUGAUUGGCAGCUGGCUGAAACAGCGUCGCCUGUGUUCUGUCGCGGGUUGA